CAAACCGAGUCUCGAUUGUGGAUUUGGAGAAGGGCGCAUGGGGCAUUGGCGUUUCUCUAUCUCUCGCCUCAACUGUGACUCAGGAGACGCAAGUCAAUCACCGAACUUUGAUUGCAAAAUCAUUGGUUGAAGGUUCGUCCCCCCAGAUAUCAAACCGCAAUUCCAGCAUUGGGUCUUCCGGAGUUUGCUCGACCGUCCGCGGAGUGAGACCGUGGAGGAGACCGUGGAGUCAUCUCUAAUCGCUUAUAACCGCUGUUACCCGCUCAAUGCUCUGCUCUUCAUAUUUGUCCUCUGGCAGACUUCAACUCCCAUAUGUACAGUUUUGACCCCUGUCUAUGCAGCCCCGAGCAGCCAUGAACUCCCUCCAGCAAUUCGCUCGCCGACGAGCUCUCCCGAGCUUUGCUCCUCCCCGAGUCCAGAGCAUUCGCGCGAGCCGAUUAUUGCAGCGAAGCUUCAGCGCUACUUCAGCUGCUUUCGAGGCGGCUAGGUUAGACGCUUCAAAGCUCACCAUCACGAAAACAACCUCGCCGAAGGAAUUGUCUCCCGCAAAGGACCUCGUUUUCGGAAGGUCAUUCACUGAUCAUAUGUUUACUGCAGAAUGGACUGCCGCGGAUGGCUGGCAUGCGCCCAAGAUUGUUCCCUACCAGAAGCUCCAAUUAGACCCUUCGGCUUGCGUGUUCCACUACGCAUUCGAAUGUUUCGAAGGUAUGAAGGCCUACCGGGAUAACAACGGCCAGAUUCGGUUAUUCCGGCCGGACAAGAACAUGCAACGUUUGAACAAGUCUUCUGCGCGGAUUGCUCUGCCUACAUUCGAUGGUGAAGCUCUCACGAAGAUGAUUGGAGAGCUGGUCAAGCUCGAUAGCCGCUUCAUCCCCAACGAGCGAGGCUACUCAUUGUACCUGCGCCCCACGAUGAUCGGCACACAGAACACGCUCGGUGUCGGUCCACCCGGCUCUGCCCUCCUCUUCGUCAUUGCCAGUCCUGUCGGUCCUUACUAUCCUACCGGGUUCAAAGCUGUGUCAUUAGAGGCUACGGACUACGCUGUGCGCGCUUGGCCUGGAGGUGUCGGAGACAAGAAGCUUGGUGCCAACUACGCCCCCUGCAUUGUUCCUCAGCUCGAGGCCGCCUCGCGCGGGUUCCAGCAAAACCUAUGGCUCUUCGGAGAGGAGGAAUACGUCACCGAGGUUGGCACGAUGAACCUGUUCAUUGCGCUGAAGAACAAGGAGACUGGAAAGAAGGAGCUGGUCACCGCUCCUCUCGACGGAACCAUCCUCGAGGGUGUCACCCGUGAUUCCGUGCUUGGCCUUGCCAAGGAGCGAUUAGUGCCCAAGGGCUGGGACGUUUCCGAACGCAAGAUUAGAAUGGCCGAGCUCGCUGAAGCCGCCGAAGAGGGACGGUUGAUCGAAGUAUUUGGUUCCGGUACCGCAGCUAUCGUCAGCCCCGUCCGAGCCAUCAGCUACCGCGGCAAGCUCGUCAACUGCGGACUUAAGGAGAACGAGGAGGCCGGAGAGAUUGCUCUUCAGAUGAAGAACUGGAUUGAGGGGAUCCAGUACGGUGACGAGGACCACCCAUGGAGUCACGUUCUGUGAUUGGACAAGAACCUUUUUGGGCACUUAUUUCGGGAUUUGCAGCUAUCAACCAUUUUCUUGUCUUUGUUCUUCGUCGAGCAUGAGCGUUACCUAGUCGACUACACACUAUAAACAUCAAUACUAUAAAACACUUAUAGAUAGAACCAAGACCACCCGUCUGACCAACGCUCAUACUCUGCCCCA